AUGACAAAAACAGCCUUCCUUAAACUAUUUGUGGCAAUAGUUAUUGCAAUCAUUUUAAUUUUACCAGACUAUUUCAAGACGCCUGAAGAAAACGUGUUGGAGCUAUCAUGUUUGGAAGUGUGUUUACAACAUAAUUUUUCCUAUUCACUCUCCUCAUUAAAUUUUUCUUUCAAGACUUUUCUGCAACUAGUAAGGGAAACUCAGAUUACUAAAGGAAUCUUUCUAAACCACUCCAAUUUUCAAAAUUUCACUAGGAUUUGCCAAGACAUCAUGAGUGAGUUUAAAAUAUGCUCUUCAUGCUUGAUUUGUGGAUCCAAAGGAAACAUGGAUUUUAUUUCUCAGGAACAAGCAUCGAAAGUUCUUAUCAGGAGAGGAUCAAUGAAUGUGAAAGCAAGUGAUUUUCAUUUACUGUGUCAACAUUUUAACUUCACUGUAGCUCUAAUGGAUUACCGCUUGGAGGGAUACAACAGUACCUGUAAUCUAAAUAUCCUCACUAGAAAGCCAGAGAUCGUGGUGGAAGAUCCACCUGGGGAAAAGUCUCUAAACCAUUCUUGUAGAUUUAUAGAAGGCCCGAAUAACUGUAUACAUGUUUCUUUGAACCAAGAAAUGGAUGUAAAAAAUUUCACUUGUUCCAUGAAGAUCAUCUGGUAUGUUUUAGUUUUGCUAGUUUUUAUAUCGUUGAUCAUCUUCAUUAUCCACAAAAUACUUGAAGGCCAUAGGCGAGUGCAGGAAUGGCAGAGUCAUAAACACAGUCCUACAGCGGUUCUCUUAAGAGAGAGUGAUUCUGAGAAACUGAGGGUGUUGAGCCUACGGGUUAUUUCAGGAAAGAGAGCCACCUAUAUCGGCAAGGGUUGUGGAACGCCUUGUUCAGAGUUUUUGAAGGAUAUCAAAGCAGGUAUUCCAGUGGGAUCCAUGUUCACUGCUGAAAAGGAGAAUGUAACCAUUGACUUGAAGGUAGAACAUGUGUCUACCAACUGCUGUGACAAGAAUCUCUGUAACGGGGUAGCCUGGUGGGAAUGCAAAGUAUCUUGUGGCUUCUUGCAGCUAUUCCUGUUUGUCCCUGUUGUGUUUGGAUGGAACAGAUCCGGGGACUCCCCACCUCCAGUUUUGGACCACCUCUAA